CAGAGAAGGACCAACAACAUUUGACCAAUGUGGGUGUGUCUCUAUGCUCCUCUGCUUACGGUUUGGUGUGUGCUGGUGCGAUCUGAGUCAAACUGUGAUCAGGUGCAGUUCUUAGACUCUAAUGGCACUUGUGUUGCAUGCCCUGUAUGUGGGCCUGGAGAGCAGCUCUCAGAGGACUGCGGCUUUGGAGACGGCGGGGACGGGGUCUGUAUUCCGUGUGAGGAAGGGACGUUCAGCACAGAAGCAGAUGUGGCUCCAUGCAGAAGAUGCACCCAGUGCAAUCUGCUGAACCGGCGGGAGGAGACAGCGUGUUCACCGGUGACUGAUGCCCUGUGUGGACAGUGCGUUCCAGGGUUUUAUGAACUCAGGAGCAUGACUGGGGAAGUGGAGCUGUCCUGUUUGCCUUGUUCCCACCAUGAUGCCGGCCAUAAAGAGUGUUUACAUACGACAGCUUUGGGCUCUAAAACAAAGGCGCACGCGGCCAUCACCUUGAGUAAUUUAAAAGAACCUGAAGAGAGGAGAGUGAAAGAAGAAACAUUUUCAGUGGUCCUGAUUGGCUCAGCGACAGCUUCCUCGAUUUUCUUCGUUGCUCUGCUGCUUUGGCUGUUUCUCCUGACGGCAGAGAGAUUCAAGCAGGUCCCUGAGUACAGCUCUCCUGAGCCUGAAGGACUACUGUCUGCAGCCGACAUCCAGUGCACACAUCUGUCCAUCCCCUCAGAGAGAGCAGCAGAAGCCCCUUCACUGACGGCUACAGCUGAAGAUCCGGCAAGAGGCCUGCACUCAGUGAGCCACGAGAACGAGUUGCAUCCUACCUCUAUUGUGAUAAAUGUCACCACCAACAUCAAGUCCUCCGGUUCAAACAAAGACAACAGCACAAAGGAGGAGCAACAAAACAUCUCCACAGAGGAGAUGGAGCAACAACUGCAGGCAAUAUGGGAGCUCACUCAAGGACAGAGUAUCGAGGUGCUGGACUAUGACACAGUCCAGGACUUGUCCCUGCUGCUUGACUCACCUGAGAACAUCAACAUUUUGAGGAGACUUGGCUGGUCUCUGGGCGUUCCACCUCAGGUCAUUGCACAUAUCAAAGGAUUCCAGGACCUUUUUCAGUACCUGCGCACCUCCACGUACACACUGCUGCCCCAACUGGCCCAGGCUGCUGCACUCUUGCCCCACUCUGGUGUCGUUGCUAGGAUACACAGAGCCGUGGUGAACAACUGACCACUUGGACUGUACGUGUCAUAUAGUAUUUCUGACCUACUUUGCAUGAUGUCACCAGAUCCUCCUAUUAAUCAAAUACUUAUUGUUUGGAAAUUCAUUAUUUCAAGAGACUUCAACAAACUGGUUUUACUAAAAUGUCGUAUCACUGACUUCUGACCAUUGUUUUUGAGCAUUGUAAAGGAUACUUACCAAGUUUCAUCCGAAUAAAAGUAUA